AUGGCGGAUUUCCCUCCCCGAAGUCUACAGCCGCUUGUAGAUGAAGUGUUCCAACUCCUCAAAGCCCGAAACGAAACCAUUUCUGUUGCCGAGACGGCUGCUGGAGGCCUCAUCUCUGCUUGUCUUCUUUCCUGUCCGGGCGCGUCAGCUGUGUACAAAGGUGGACUCACUGUCUACACUCUAGAAUCACGCCUCGCGUUUGCAGGCUGGACAUCAGCAGAUCUGGAGAAGUACAAAGGCCCCACGACCGAGAUUGUGGCAAAUAUGGCUGAUCAUACCCGGCGCACUCUGGGCUCAUCAUAUGCGAUCAGUGAGAGCGGGACAGCUGGCCCCACUGGAGGAACGACAAGAAACCGAACCCCUGGGUAUGUAGCGGUUGCCGUUUCGAGUGCAGAAGGGCAAGUCACUCGUGAAGUUGAAACCGGGAGCAAUGACCGAGCGGAGAAUAUGGUUGCAUUUGCGCGGGAAUCUUUGAAGCUGCUGCGGGAUGUACUAUCUCAGGACCAGACCCCAUCACUCUAA